AUGCGUGGGGUCAACACCAAACGCCUCAGCAGCAAGAGAACACAUUUCUCGAUAUUAUCGGCUCAGAAGCCAUGGGCAGAGAGGAUGUCUGCGGCCUAUGCGGAUUUCCAUCUGCAGAUGGACAGCAGGCCUGGAAAAGGGUCCCGCAAAGAUGCGCUGAACGAGUUGAAGCGUCCUGAGCAUAAGUCAAGCAUACAUUGGGCGACCAGAAGACGCGAUCGCGUGGACAUUUGGAAGGAGUAUGCCAAACAUAAGUACGUGGUCGCACCCCUCGGCGUUGGCUUGGACUGCUAUCGCAUCUGGGAGACCCUUAUCCUCGGCUCGAUUCCCAUCGUGCCCUACAGCGAGUUCGUCGACGACGAGCUCUUCGAGAACCUUCCGGUACAACGAGUCUCCACGUGGGCAGAGGUCGACGUGCAGGAGUGGAGCCGAUCCGCGCCGCCGGGUGUGGUGAAUCCCUCGACGUGGAAUCCCCAGUUCAGUGAGAAGCUGACGCUGGAGUACUGGCUCCGCAAGAUAAGAUCGAAGAAGGCAAGGUUGCAUGACAUAUGCUUUUGA